AUGAACUUAGAGGCAUCAUCACUUUCCCCCUGGAAGGACAUGCCCGGAUUUCAUUUUUACACCAUCAGCUAUGACUGGAUGCACAAUUGCUACCUGGGAACUGGUAGAGAUUUGUGCGCUAGCGCCAUCAAAGUCUUAAUUGACUACUGUGGGUUCGGUGGUGGCAGCGAUGCUGGGGGCAUGGACGCUGUACUAACUGAUGUUCACCAACGCAUGCGAGAUGUUUGCGCCCAACACAAGAUCCGUAUUCCUGCCAAGCCGCGGUUCACUUCUGCUAAUCUUGGUGGGGAAGAUGGAUACUUUGAAUUGGGGUCUCGAUUCAAGGCAGCGCAUGUUAAAUUGAUCAUUUGGUGGCUCUCCAAAGAAUGCCAGAUGGUGGCAGACGCGAACCCAUCUGAACCAGUCCUCAACGUGCUGGCGACAUCGGUUUGGGGCCUUCAGAGAUUCAUUGAGCUGAUGGACCAUGGGGGAAUGAUCUUCACGACUGACGAAGCAAGUGAGGCAAAGACAUGUCUAGAUCUACACCUGAAGGCCUACUAUUGGCUCAGUGCUCAUUUAUAUUCUAGAAGGGAAUUGCUCUUUAAGCUCCGAUGCAAGUCCCACUACCAUUUCCACAUGGGGGAAGAAGUGAUCAGUACUCGGAUCAACCCAUCCAUGUAUCACAACUUUAGUGAGGAAUCCUUCCUCGGGAAGAUCAAGGCUGUUGCAAUUCGCUGUCACGGCCGCACUUGCACUCAGAGAGUGCUCCAACGCUAUUUGCUGUGCUUAGCGAUUUGCCUAAAUGACUUUGACAAGACAGAACGCCGAUGGGGAUAG